GAGUAGCAGUCGCACCUUCCAGGAGUCUUCUUGACGAAUGAAGUCCGUUUGGAUCAUGUCUUCCCAGCGCUUGAACCAUGCUUCAAAGGUGCAUCCAGAAUCCGCAUCAUAAUUGAAUUCAGUGAUCGCGUUCGUGAGAAGAUCAACAGAACUCGCCUGCAUGUCCCGCGCCGCUGCUCCUGUUGUCUGCAAACUCAAACAUUGUGAUGAAAUAUCUCCUCUGCGCCGUUUCUCCUAUCCCGGCGCUCAUGUCAUCUUACUGUGCUUUUCGGUCAUCCAGCCCCGUUCGUUUCGUUCACUGCGUGAUCGAUGGAUCACCGAAUUAUCGGAUGCCCGUGUCGUGCUAAACCCAUCGAUUGUACGGUUGCUUCGUUCCAGAUCAUCGACGCCAUCAAGCGACGAAACAACCCGCUCCAGGGAAUGCAAUAAACAACCUCCGUCAAACAGGGCUAGGUCAUGCGGGUCUUCACAGAGGCUGAAGCGUUCAAAUAGCACGGCCACAAGCCCUGGACCCGCGUUUUUGCUUGUUGGCUGUGCUUGUGAUUUGCGCAACGAUAUUUGUGAAUUGCUGGAGCUAUCUAAGAAUGGAGAGGCUCCAGUUGACAAGGUUACAGCGGAACGUUUGGCUGCCGAGUUAGGGGCGGAGGCCUACAUCGAAUGCUCGGCCUUAACGCAGAAAAAUUUAAAAACCGUCUUUGAUUUGGCUAUUUGGUGUGGCCUCCAGAUUGCCGAUUUAGGGGGACCUGCUUAUCCUUUUGGUUGUGAAAACAAACCCAAUGGAUCUGCCGUAUCGCCUGUCAGCAACCGAAAGUUGAUCCCUUCCGGUGCUCUUGGUCCUCUCUUGAUCCGUCAUCGAAACACCAGUCUCAAACGCACUCCCAGCGUCUCAGACGGUAACAAGGUGGACAAACGUCUUUGGAGAAGAUUGUUUUGCAUAGACUAG